CUUGUUCGUACAUGUUCGUCACAGAUCACAGCCGACGUAGUGGACGUUAGAUUAUCAGCUUGACUUUAGAAGAACCUUCAAGUCACCGUAGCGAGUCGUGGCUCGUUUCCUCGCGGCAUUCCCAAGGAUAGACAUUCUCGGCCAUGGCCGUCGCAAUGUCCUUUGAGGACUUGCCAGAGCACAUCGUCGAGGACAUCUUCUUGCAACUCUCGCUGGACGAUCUGCAAUCAUGCAAACUGAUCAACAGACACUUUCAUGCGAUCGUGACGACCAGCGUUCAGCUACUCUUGCAUCAAGAGCUCGAGGCUACAGCUCAAGUGGUUCCACCCUCGGUCAGACGAUCCGAUGCUGCCGCAUCUCUGUUGUCCACCAUUCGAGAACGCCAAUCCGGAUUCCGGACCAUCGCCCCUUCAAAGACGUUCCGAGUGGAUCUCGACAAGCACGAAAGGAGGCUUUACGAGUAUCUCGAAGGGACGAUGGUACGAGGAAGCGGGUCUGCCUUUUCCUCCACUGGAUUACCUUCUGGAGCAUCGGUUUACGAUUUUACGACGUCGUCUGAAUGGGAAACGAUCGACGCAUACACGCCGAGCUAUUCUUUAUCCGAGAACAAGGAGAUCGAGGCUAAUGCGGAACAACAGGAUGAAGAGGAAGAGGUCGUCGAGAUCGGAGAGGAUUCGGAUGACAAGGAACAAUACGUUCGGAGACAUUUCGACGGCAACUUUGAGAUGAAGGACUUUACCAUCGAUCCUGGUCAGAACCUCUUUGCGAUCGGCGAGAUGACCCGUACCCGAGAUCCCGACCAUCGGAUAAUAACGAAAAACCGCCUCAGCAUCCAUCUGAAAACGUUGUCAGAUUUCCAGCCCCAUCCAAAAGCGUGUAGUCAAGACGGGAGAGAGGGUUUCUUAUGCAACGUCGGGGAGUGGGACGCAGGGUCUGUCAGCUUGACCUUGCAGGUGUGCGACGACAAGAUUUUCAUCUUUUCAAACAACCUUGGACGACAAAACUUGCCAGAGGCGAGAUUGUGCGGUUGGAAUUGGCGGACAGGACAAAAGCUAUUUGAACAAAAAUCAAAUUUCAGAAUCGAAGGUGACCAUGUGUCACUGCUGACCAUCGAAGACUUUGUCUUGCUCAGUCCCACGACGUACGGGCUGAUCCAAUACGAUAUCGAGCGUUUGCCUGUCGCCCAAGGCACACCGUUUCCUUGCGUCUUGAACGUAUUCACCUUAGUGGCAAAUGAGGAAACUCCCAAGGCAAGCGAGGCAGAUCCGGCGAUCGACUUGAAGAGGGCCAUGUAUGUGCCAAAGAAGAUUGCCACAUUCGAAUUACCGCGAUGGCUAGCCGUGGUCAUGGUCCAUCUGCGAUCGGACCCACCUCCCAGGCAAUUCUUUCCCGAGGAAAACCCUUCCAAGGUUUACCCGAAUCCAGAGACUGGAGUCAUCGUCAUUCAGUAUGACUGUGACGAUGGACCCUUGCACGAUAACGAGAUCGGACCUGUCUACCAUCUUUUCGUCCGAAAAGAGACGCUGCUGUCGUACUUGCCGAUCAAGGGGUCAAAUCUACAUACCGCAAAAGAGCUUGAAAACGUCGAACUCAAGACCAUCACGUGGGAAGAGCUGAGCCCAUAUACUCGGUUCGUAGAGGAUAUUGACCGACAGGACUGGGUCUGUUAUGUCUACCACUAUCGAUUCGUCUCGCCCCGUAUCGAGCUCCGAAUGGGCCCUCUCAACAACCCGAUCGAAGAGACGUACAUCCGGCUGUUCAACUUUGAUCCGGUCGAGACGGAACGACUGUUGCGAGCGAGAAGGAGAGAUCUGGCCGAGGGCAACCGCAAUUGGAACGACUGGGACAGUGCCGAUCUGGCCGAGGAGACGCCGCCGAGCGAUCCCGCCACUCACGGACCGGAUCACGUCUUGCAAGGAAUGGACGAACGGAACGUGUAUCUCAUGACGGACGAGACGACGGUAGCCGCCGAGGGUUGGCUUGCAAAUAACGUGACAACGGGCAGCAAAAUGCCAUAUAUUUGGCUCGAAACUACCGAACCGAGGCGAUGCCACGGACUCAUGAUUGACGACUCACGAAUAAUAGCAAUGACUCAAAAUGACGAACAUGGUGAAGAGGCGGGCUUUUCCUACUUGGAGGUACUGCAUAUGGGCCCGUGAGCGUUUCGCUAAUAGGAUGCGCAAAUACGUAGUGUAUAUCAUUUCAUGCUUGACUGUCACAAGUUGUACAAAUUACUGCAUCGCUGGCAGAAU